AUGGAACCAGAGCCGACCAUUAGCGCUCUCCUCAAGGCUGUCACAGCCCUCACAGCCACCGUUGGGUCCUUACAGGACCAGAUCCGCUCCCAAGGCCAACAGCUCAGCGAGCUCAAAGCCAUAUGCAAAGAGACCGCGGACCUUCUCGGCGACAAGGACCAAGGGGGAACCACCCAAACCCAAGCACAGCCUGGCCCAUUGACUGGGCCUGUCACCCCUCCUUCUCAUACAGGAGGACAAGCCGACACUCCAAGAACGGCUAGGCCUGGGUUCAAAGACCCUUUCCGCCCUACCAGAGGCACCACUGGGUACGACUCCAAGGAAGAACAGCCAAGGAGGAUCAAGGAAGAACCUUGCGGAGCGCUUAGGGAUCUGAGGACCCUCACUCCCUUCAGUUUGGGCUCGGACACCAAACGUCCCAAAAUGGAGCUACCAGAUCCAUUUAAGGGGGAGAUCCGAGGGCAAAAGGCGGUUCAAUGGCUGGACCGCAUGCUGUUAUGGGGGGCCCUGCACAGGGACCAAUUUGAGGAAGACGAGCAGUUGAUUGUCUGGAUCCUCUACCACAUGGAGGAUAAAGCCGCUGAUUGGUCACUCCCUCUUAUUGGAAGUAUCCUCAAGGGUGAAACCAAUGCCCCCACGACCAUCCCGGCCAUGACAACCAAGUUCAAGGAAGCCUUUGCGGAUCCCGAUGCCAAAAGGGCGGCUGCCAGGAAGAUUGCCGCGCUGACUCAGACCACAACCACGUCGGAGUACGUCACGGAAUUCUGCAAUAUCAUGGCGGAACUUGACUGGAACAAGGAGGCGUACAUCGCCCAAUUCACGCGCGGCCUUCACUGGAAGGUCAAAGAACUCCUGUCUACCAAAGACAGCAUUCCCGACGAGUUGGAGGCUAUCUUUGCUGCCUCCAUCAAAAUUGACAACAUUCGUCGGGAGAACGAGGAGAACCGUCCCAAGAAGCUCCCUGCCAAGUCCUUGGCCACCGCGGCCACUACCUCCACCACUACCACCACACAACGAGUCCGCCUAUCGGAAGACCCCAACUAUGUCACACCUGAGGAAAGGGAUUGCCGCCGCGUGUCUGGCCUUUGUGUCAAGUGCGGUCAAAAAGGGCAUGGAAUCAAGCAGUGCCCCAAUGGUUGGAAGGCGACCAUCAAGGAGGCAGCCAAGCCCCCAACCCAAAAAAUGGACAAUUUAGAUAGUUUUGAAUUUGUAUCUCUUGCUCUGGAUUCGAAUAAAAAACCCUUGCUAUUCAUCAAUCUAUACGUCCAAAAUUUCCUGGCAGAACCCCUCAAGACUCUCAUUGAUUCAGGAGCCACAUCAAACUUCAUCUCUCCUUUGAUUGUGGAAAAAUAUAAAAUCCCAAAAACCCAACUCGAAAAUCCACGAGUUGUGAGAAUGUUAGAUGGUACUAUCUCUCAGACUGGUUGCAUUUGGCACCAGGUCCACCUCACCGCCUCGGCCAAUGGCCAUACCCACUCCAUCCCAUUUCUUGUUUGCCCCAUUGGCAACACCCUGGCGAUCCUAGGCAUGACAUGGUUAACAGCAGAAGCUCCUCUUAUCGAUUGGCAACAGGGACUAGUUACAUUCCCUGAACAGGCUCAAAUUGCCUCCGAGGAAGAAGCAGACUCAGACCCCUUAGCAGACCUCCCCCCUCAGUACCAUGAGUUUGCUAAGGUUUUUGGCGAAGAAGAAUUUAAGGUCCUCCCUCCACAUAGGGAGUAUGACAUCUCUAUUGACCUUGUCCCGGAUGCCAAACUGUCUCCUGGCCCCAUAUACGGCAUGACCGACGCAGAAUCAAAGGCGCUAAAACAGCAUAUUGAUGAGGAAUUAGCAACGGGCAAAAUCCGCCCUAGUACCUCCUCAGCAGGCGCCCCGGUCAUGUUUGUGAAGAAGGCUGAUGGGUCCCUCCGACUAGUCGUUGAUUACAGGAAGUUGAAUGACGUCACGCACAAGAACGUAUACCCACUCCCUAGGCAAGACGACUUGAUGGCCAAGCUUAGGCACGCAAAGAUCUUCACGAAAUUGGACUUACGCUGGGGAUAUAAUAACGUCAGGAUCAAGGAAGGAGAUGAAUGGAAGACGGCUUUCAGGACUAAAUAUGGGCUAUUCGAAUAUCUAGUUAUGCCUUUUGGUCUCACUAAUGCCCCGGCCGCCUUCCAACAUUUCAUGAACGACCUAUUCCGGGAUCUUAUUGACGUCACAGUGGUCAUUUACUUGGACGAUAUCCUGAUUUUCUCAGAAAACCCUAAGGAUCACCCUACCCAUGUCAGGGAAGUUCUGUCUCGGUUAAUGAAGAACCAGCUAUUCUGUAAACUGUCCAAGUGCCAUUUCCACGUCACCACGGUCAAUUAUCUUGGUAUUGUUAUAUCCCCAUCAGGCUUCUCCAUGGAUCAGAAGAAGGUAGAGGCAGUUACAUCAUGGCCUCAACCCAGAACGGUCAAACAGGUCCAGGCCUUCUUGGGCUUUGUUAACUACCUCCGACGGUUCAUCCCCAAUUUCAGCUCAGUAGCACGCCCUCUGCACAACCUCACCAGAAAGGAAACCCCUUGGUCAUGGGGCGACCUAGAGGAAGCAGCAUUUCAGGAGUUGAAGGUUCUUGUUACCAAGUCGCCGGUUCUCAUCCAUUCCAACCCAGAACUCCCCUAUUAUCUUGAGACCGACGCCUCAGGGGUAGCCAUGGGAGCCAUUCUUAGUCAGCGGGGCCCAGAUAACCGGUUGCAUCCAAUCGCGUACAUGUCUAAAUCAUUCUCAGGGGCAGAAGGAAACUACGACACUCAUGACAAGGAACUCCUAGCCAUCAUCAAAGCCCUGGAGGAAUGGCGUAUUUUCCUGGAAGCUACAGACAAGCCAGUUCAGGUAUUUACAGAUCACCGCAACCUUGAGUACUGGAUGCAGGCAAGGACAUUCAAUCAACGGCAUGCUAGAUGGCGCGUAUUCCUGAGCAACUUCAAUUUUGAGAUACAUUAUCGCCCAGGAAAACAAUCAGGCAAGCCGGACGCCUUGUCCAGACGAUCGGACUAUGUGGACACCCCCCAAGAACCAGAAGUCAUGCUACCAUCAGAGGUCUUUGCAAACACAUCAGAGGAAGAGCUGGAAAUUGUUACAGAAGUACGCUCUAAACUGAGGGAAGACCCCUCCCUAGAGCCCAUCAUCCAAUUCCUGACCAAAGAUGCCAAUAACGCUCCACCAUCAAUAAGAAAAGCUUACAGAGACUACAAUUGGGAAGAGGAUCUCCUGUGGUAUCGGGGGAAACUGGUGGUUCCAGACAAUGAACCCCUGAAAGAAAGACUCCUCAGGGAAUUCCAUGACUCCCCCCUAGCAGGACACCCGGGUCAGCAAAGAACCCUCGAACUCCUAAGUCGUAACUAUUGGUGGCCUGGCAUGAAGUCUACAGCCAAGGAAUGGGUAGAAUGUUGCCCUAUCUGCCAAGCCAACCGACGCGCUCAUGCUCCUGUCAUCGCCCUUAAACCCCUAGAAGUCCCCCCUUAUCCGUUCCACACCAUCUCUUAUGACUUCAUUACAGGGUUUCCCAAGUCCCAAGGACACGACGCCAUACUGGUGGUAAUAGACUCCUUCUCCAAAUUUGGCCAUUUCAUCCCCACUUCCAAGAAGGUCACAGCAAGGGGUCUGGCGGAUCUAUUCAUUACCCACGUCUGGAAACUCCAUGGACUACCUGUCAAAACAGUCUUGGAUAGAGGAACUACCUUCACAGGGAAAUUCCUAAGGGCACUUUACCAGCGACUUGGAGUAAAACCAGCAUUCUCUUCGGCUUAUCACCCAGAGUCAGAUGGGCAAACGGAAAGAGUCAACCAGUUCAUCGAGUUUUACCUACGUUCCUACGUUGCAGCCAAUCACUCUGAUUGGGCGGCUUGGUUACCUUUGGCAGAAUAUGCGUACAAUAAUGCCAAACACGCAGCAACAGGAAAAACACCCUUUGAACUGGUCUACGGACAAAGCCCAGUGAUGAACCCCUCCAACGUCCCAGCCAACGUUCCAGAGGCAGACGAUGUAGCAGACACACUAGCACGGGAAUGGAAGGAAGCCGAGUCAGCUCUCAGAUUAAGCAAAGAACGGAUGACCAGGAACCAAGGAACAGUACCGGAGUACUCGAUAGGAGAGAAAGUCUGGCUGGAUGGAAAGAACGUAGAACUCAGGACUAAUUCCAACAAAUUGGACCCCAAACGUCUUGGUCCCUUCAAAAUCCUUGAGAAAAUCUCCAGUCACGCCUACCGCCUAGAGCUCCCAGAGACCCUGAAAAUCCAUGACGUCUUUUAUGUUGGGCUGCUAUCAAAGAGCCACGAGUCACCAAGUCAGCCAUUCCCAGAACGACCUCCCCCUGAAACAAUAGAAGGGGAGGAAGAGUAUGAAGUUGAAAAGAUCAUUGACUCAAAACGUCAACGAGGAAAGUGGUUCUACCUGAUAAAAUGGAAAGGUUACGGUCCAGAAGACAAUUCAUGGGAACCCGAGGAACUCCUGGAGCAUAGUCAAGAGGAGAUCCAACGCUUCAACAAGUUGCGACUGAAAAAGGCUCGUGACUCCGCCAAGAGCCUUUAA